GCCACACGUUUAUCCGGCUUUGUGUGUGUUUGAGCACUGAGAAAAAAAAACAAAAUUUUUUUUGACAAAAUUUUUGCAUUUUUCAUCCGAAAAAGAAAUCAAUUUGAAAGAAAAAAAACCAUGUCAAAUACAUCGGUUCGUGUACAUCCAUUGGUCAUCUAUAAUAUUAUCGAUAUUUAUGAACGAAGAAAUUUAGAUGCAAAUCGUGUGAUUGGUACAUUGCUUGGUUCGGUGGAUAAAUUGGGCAAUGUUGAAAUAUCCAAUUCAUUUGUUGUUAAACAUCGUGAAGCUAAUAAUGAAGUUGCUGUUGAUUUAGAAGUAGCCAAAGAAUUGUAUGAAUUACAUAAAAAAGUUUUCCCUAGUGAAACAAUUGUCGGUUGGUUUGCAACUGGUGGUGGUGAAGUUAAUGAAUAUUCAGUUGUUAUACAUGAUUAUUAUUCACGUGAAUGUCAAAAUCCAAUUCAUUUGACAGUUGAUCCAUCCGUGGAUGGUAUUUCAGUCAAAGCAUAUGUAUCGACAAUAUUCGGUAUACCGGAUAAAAAUGUUGGUACAAUGUUCACACCGAUAGAUGAUAUAACAAUAUCAUAUUGUUAUGAACCAGAAUUGAUUGGUGUUCGUGCUUGUAUGUAUGCUGCUGGUUUACCAUCCGUUUCAACUGAUUCGAAAGAAAUUUUUCUGGCCAAUGAAUUGGAUCAAAUCAUUCAAAUGUGCAACAAAUGCCAGGAUGAUAUUGCACGAAUCGUUAAAUUUAUUGAAGAUAAAAUUCUUUCCGGUCAAUCAAAAGGAUCAAUUCCAUCGAAUACAAAUGAUAUUGGUCGACAAUUAAUGGCUAUGAUUGAAAAUAUUAUCCCAUUCGGUGGUGAUGAUGAUGAAGCAUUUAAUUCAAAUCUUAAAGAUUUCCUUAUGGUUGUUUAUCUAUCGAACUUGUCGAAAACACAAUUGGCUCUUAAUGAAAAAAUCAGUCAUUUAUUGGCAACUGAACGACCUGCUACUGUCGUUCCUACACAACUUCCAUCAACAUCAUCUUAAUUCUUUCGCGAGAAAAAGAAGAAGAAAAAAAUCAACUUGAAAAAAAUAGAAUUUGAAUCUGCUGCUGAAA